GCUCCAUUUGAUGAUAACCGUUUUCGACCAUUUCGCACCGACACCGCUUUCAUCAAAACACGCACGUUUGGCGAUUUUGUUUUGAUUCCUCCCAUUCGCAAACGGAAAGGCGCGUGUUUCACACGUUAUUUCGAAUCGCGAAAUCGUCGUCCGGUGGUUUAAUCGUCGAAUAAAUAGUGAUUAUCUUCGAUUUUUGUGGUGAAAUUGGUUUCUAAAGUGAUGGAAGCGGAAGUGGCAACGGAUCGCGGCGCGAACCACGCGAAAAACCGAAACAAGAAGAGGAAAUCGGCUCAGAAACGAUUCCUCCAGAACGCCAAAGGUUUCGGCCGGAAGAAUAGUUUCGGGCGAGGAGCCGAACUGGAACAGGACGAGUACAACUACUUUGUGGAGAUUUUGGAAGCGCUGGGGAAUGUUGGGGACGAUGGGGAGGAACGGUCGACGAUGGCCAAUAAUGUGUAUGAGCAGGCCAAGGGGAAGGAGAUUAAGGUGGCCUCCAAUCAGCUGAGCAGCCGAGUGUUGGAGAAUUUGCUUGGGUUUACGGAUGAGGGGACACUGGAGCAUGUGAUGGAAGUGUUCGGGGAGAACUUCCGGGUGGUGUGCUGUGACCGGUUUGCUUCACAUGUGCUGCAGAAAGGAUUGUUGGUGGCCAUGGUGAGGUGUGUGGCGGGAUUACAAGGGGAAUUGGAUGAGGAGGAUACUGGGGCCAAGAAACAGAAAUCGGAAGUGGGACGCGAGCUAGAGUAUAAUUUGAGGGAAGAGUUCGGGGAUGGCCACCGGAAAGUGUGCGGGAAGUUUGUGAAGAAGGUGGCGAAGUUUCUGCUGAACAAUCUGGAGGAGUUUGUGUGGGAUUCGUAUGGGAAUUACGUGAUCCGGCAGUGUGUGCUGAACUUGGCCGGGGUCGUGGAAAUAAAGGCCGGGAAAGGAGAAGCUGUGGAAGUGAGGAAGCUGACGGUUCCCGAGAAGUGGAUGAAGCUGAUCAAUGAAUUCAGUGGGCGUCUGUUGGCGUGGCCACAGUUUGCGGACUUCCCGUACAACGAAUUCACGUCGGUGCUGUUGCAAAACUUGCUGACGGCCUUGGAGCGAAGUGAGGAUAAAUACCAACUGCAGCUGAUCGGGGAUAAGCUUAUGGAGGAGAGCUUCCUCCUGGAGGUUGAAGACGAGAAGGAUGACGAGUCUGAAGAACCAGAAGAUGCGUUGAAGCUUCCCAAAGUCUUCCAGCAGGAUAGUUCCGUGAGACUUCUGGAAGUUUUACUGGCAGUUGCCGACCCGGAGUUCUUCAAGGAUCAACUGUACAAGAAGCUGUUCCAGGGUAAAAUUGUAGCCCUCAGCAAAUCUCGCGGCACCAACUUCGCCGUUCAGAAGCUGCUGGACAAUAUUUCCGACAAGCACAUCCUGGAGCACAUUUUCUCCGAGCUGGACGACGGAUUGGAGGAGAUUCUGCAGUUGGGUCACACCGGAGUGGUUGCUUCCUUGGCGAAGGCCUGCGCCAGACUUUCCUGCCAACAGGGAAAGUUCAUCAAACUACUCCUCGAUGGCCUUCAUUCUUCCGAAGUAGGAGGCGACAAAUUGCUCACUUCCGUCCUGAAGCUAAUGCCCCCGGAAGUGGUAGCCAAACAGGAAUCUGCCCAGAUUCACAUCCACGGAUCGAUCAUCCUUCAAUCUGUGCUGGACUUCAACAAGCCCAUCAAACUGGUAUCCGCCAUUCUGGACACGAAAAGCGAUCAACUGGCCAAAAUCUUCACAGAUCCUAAAGGCUCUUUCGUCGUGAAUGCCUUUGUCCGAUCCAAAUUCGUCGGUGAGAAAUCCCGCGAAAAGCUGAUACGCCACAUGGAGGGGUGCUACAUGGAUCUGGCCCUGUCCUCACACGGAUCGAGAGUCCUGGAACUGCUCUACGAAGCAGCCGGCCCCGCUCAGAAGGAAUCGAUCGUUAAGGAACUGUCCGAAAGGGUGGCGCAGCUCAACAGUAAACCCUGGGGAGCGAUCAUCAACCGGAAGCUGCAGGUGGAUAACUACCGGAAGAAUCCGACUCAGUGGAAAGCCUCAGCCAAGACGGGAGUCAGUGGCAGCGGGGACAAGGUGGGUCGGAUGUUCGACAAACUGAUCGAAACCGGCGGUGGCGGAAAAAAGCGUAAGUGAUUGCUUUAAUACACUUCCUACUAUAUACAAAA